AUGAAAACUCAAACAAAUAAAAACUACUCCCAUAGACAAAUGUUUAUUAUUAGAAAUGAAUCAGCCGCGAUUCUAAGAAGACAUCAAUAUUGUCAGCCUUCACUUUAAACUCCCGUUUCUUUUUUUGUACAUGGCCAAUCCUUGGCUCCUCCUAAGCAAAAGAAUCUCAACAAACCAACUCCCAGAGAAAUCAAAUUCAAGACUACUCUUAAAUAACUUAAACUAAAAUUAUCCUUAUUAAAAAAGGAAUAGCAGGAAAUCAAAUAAUAAGUCAUUCAAAAUUCAUUGAUUUUCAAAUCUAAUUUACAAUAAAUCAAAUCCACUCAAGAAUUUAAUAUUAAAUCAAUUGAAUAAUAUUUUUCCUAAUAAACUAAGUUCUUUUAAGAAGACAUUUCGAAAUUAAAACAACAAAUUGAACUCAUAAAUUUCUAGGUUGCAGGAAUGCUAUGA